AGCGACCUUGCUAUGAAGCUUGUCUAUCUCUACCUGAACCUAUGAGAACAGAUGAAAGUCUCGUUGUCCCAUUCCACUUGAGUACUCACAUUUUAUUUUUCACACUGUGUGUCGUGUACUGUAGGUACCUACUAGCAGUGCAUCUAGCUCGUGUAGUAUGCCCGGAUAGUUGUAGAGCUAGAGCAAGCGGAUCUGCUUGUGCUUUUGUUGCCACGAAAAUGACCACCUCGCCUUUAACGCGGAAAGCGGCUGUCCGGGCGAUUCCCGGCAAGGGUAUGGGUGUGGUGGCGCUAGAUUGGAUUAGCGCCGGCGAAAUCGUUUUAGCAAGAGAAACGCCUCUUCUGCACAUACGAGUUCCGGACGAUGACACUAGCGACGAGGAGAGCAGCAGCACAGCCUCUUCGUCUGAUGCCGAGACGGAUGCAGGGGGUGAAGAUGAAUGCGAGCGACAUCGUGGUCCUCAACGCUCGAGGCGAAUUUCGUACCGCAGGACUAGGACUAGUACUACACACCAUGAUCACCCUGACAACGACGUUAGCUCCUCCACGGCGCCAACGAGCGACAAGAAGCGACGAGGACCGUUUGCCAAGCCCGGCGACCUUGUUCGCACUCGCGAGGCGGUCGAGCGGGCCUACCGGGACCAGAUUUUGAACGUACAGCAAAUAGAACCCCAUCUUCCAGAUCACGCCGAGGGGGCGGUUUCGUCUUUCGAAGCGCGAGCAGGUCCACGGGUUGUUGGAAAGCUGGACAAGUUGCUUGCGCUCUCUUCCUCUUGUUCGUCAUCUGACGACUGUUCCGCAACCGGGGAGCGGCGUGUACUAGUCGCGCCUCAGACCGAUGAAGAGACGAGUCUCGAGCGGUUGUCCUCCUCCGCAGCUGCUGCCGCCGCCGCAGAAGUGGUCGUGCAGAGGCUUGUCGAAAUUGUCCAAAGCAACGGGUUCGCGGGGGUGGGAAGUGGCGCUUUUGGGUCUAGUGCGGGCUGUAGUGGUCCUAGCACAGGUUCACGGAAGAUGCAAGAGAAACUGGUGUUUGAGUAUCGGAGCCGGUUCAAUCACAGCUGUGUUGCGAACGCCUUUCCUUGUCAGAGAGAGCCCUUUGGGAGACCCGAGGCAUCAACAUGGGAAGAUGAAACCGUUGUAGAUCCAACUCUUAUCCGGGCAGCUCGGGACGUGGCACCAGGGGAGGAAAUUACACUGCCGUACAUCUGGGCGGAGCUGUAUCCUUUGCAAAAAAGGCAAGCACUGCUGAAGCAACAGUGGGGCUUCGAUUGUGAGUGCGCGUUGUGCGGGCGGCAACGCCAGGAACAGAGAGAUCAUAGUGCCAUGGCAGUGGAAGGGGUGGUAGAGGUGGACAGGGCUGCGCAAAGAGGCUUGAACAUUGCCGCAUCGGCUUCCAUCCUGGAAGCGAGGACCCUGGCAGUACGCAACAACUCCGAUGAUCGGACGCCGAUACAACAGCUGCUCUGGAAUCUAUGCGCGGGCCCGCUGAGCAAACAUGGCCAGUACGAGCUUCUUUGUGCGUUGGCCCGCGAAAUCGAAAGCCUUCCGGUCUUUUCUGAGUUUGCGGACCAGGAAGGCAGUGGUGGAACAAUGCGAGGGUACAAGACCCAAGACGUGGAGCCUGUGGCCUCCGGGACCGACACGUUACGUGGCGAGCUUUUCCGUUGGAGUAAUUUCCGCGAGAGCUUGCGGCGCGGGUUCGCGCUGAGCAAGCUGUUUGCUGCGCAGGAGGGCCAGCUGCAGGAAAAGCAGCCAGCACGACAUGUUCAAGAGCAGAUGAGAGCGCCGAGACUAGACCAGAAGGCCAGCCUUGCUAGUUCCUGCAGAGCUGCACGUAAGUUCGCACUGCCACUGCCUUCGGUCACAGCGACUUCCUCCUUGCCCGCUAACGAAGCUUUGAUCGGCGAAGAGGGGAGACUGAGGUUCGAGCAAGAACAGUUGUGGGCGCAGCACGUUUGCUUCUGGGCACGUCGACUGGUUUCCUAUAUACAGUGUUACCAUCCGGAUUCUGAUUUUUUUCAUUCGCAGGAGAUGGAUGGGUACAGAGAUGCUCUUGCAUUCUAUGACGGGGUGGUCCUUGGCCCUCUUGCGACUCAUGAUGAAGCACAUCACAGCGACAGCAAAAUUAACAUAUGAAGCAAGAAAUAGAAGUGACGACAUAUCAGAACGAUUACGAUUUUAGAAAGACAGCCAAGGGGGCACAAAACUUUGUUUCCGUUGUAAUCAUCUUUUGCGUUCGUCGCGACAAGCAAAAGGUGCUUUUUCGUGCUUUUUUCUUGUCAGAGAUCACCCGGCACCGCUGGUGUUGCAGGAGAUCUCGGUGUGGUUUCGAAAUGGUGCAGCACCUCUUCCUCGCACCACCGUUGCGUUCUUGUUUGCGGUUGAGCGCUCUGACGAGAUGUCUUCGGAGAGGAGCAGUUUUUGGUUCUGUGCUGACACCAGCAAUUCAAGUUGACACAAAAUACCACGGCAAAUACUAGUACAACAACAGCAGCCACCACCGUGGAUGCGAUUUUUCGUCUUCAUCUUCUCAUUGAGCAUCGCAGGAAAUGUCCAUACACAAAGAAAUACAACUAUGUAUACUUUGUUGAAGCAAAGUGUAUCGAUGAUGAAAACAUAAUCCGAGGACCCAGAGUCUGCAUUCUCCAGG